AACAAUCACAUGGUGACAAAAAAAAAAAAAAAAAAAAAAAAAAAACGUGACAACAUUUAAAGUGAUGAACUCCUCCCAUUUGGCUUCUACAAAUUCCCUCUUUCCCCGCUCCCUUUCACCACAUUCCCACAAUCGUCUUCACUCACUUACUCCCAAAACAGAGCAAAACAGAGUAAAACAGAGUAAUGGAGAAUUACAGAGACAACAAAAAGCCUCAUUCUUCUUCUUCCUCACUUCACAAGCCAUGGAAGAAAGGCCCUUCAAGAGGCAAAGGUGGCCCUCAAAACGCUUCUUGUGAGUACCGUGGCGUCCGUCAACGCACUUGGGGCAAAUGGGUUGCUGAAAUUCGCGAGCCCAAGAAGCGAACCAGGCUUUGGCUUGGCUCUUUUUCCACUGCUGAAGAAGCUGCUAUGGCUUAUGAUCAAGCUGCUACCAGGCUUUAUGGCCCUCAUGCUUAUCUUAAUCUUCCACAUUUAGCUAAUAAUAUUAAUAAUAAUGCUUCUAACUCUAAUUUUGUGAAAUGGGUUCCUUCUAAAAACUUUAUUUCUCUGUUCCCUUAUCCAAACCGGGCAGCUGCUGCAGCACCGACCAGCUUCAUGCUUAAUCUUAAUGCUCAGCCGAGUCUUCAUCUUAUUCAUCAGAGGCUUCAGCAGCUUAAAACUCCUCCUGCCUUUCUUUCCCCUAAUUCCCUCCUUUCUCCUUCCAAGAAACUCGAAAAUGAGGACGAGAAGGAGAAGGAUGACGACGAAGCUUUGGUGAGAGAGGAGACGACGACGAGGAGAGAUGUCGAAGAAGAGAAACCACAGAUUGAUCUAAAUGAGUUUCUACAACAGCUUGGAAUUUUGAAAGAAGAAGAAGAGGAAAAAAUAGUGAUUGAAUUAGAAGGAGAGGAAGGCAAUAAUAAUAAUAAUAAUGAUGAUGAUGAUGGAGGAUGUUGUUUGGGAUCAUCAGAAUCCAAUAAUUGUGAUUACAGUGAUGAAGUUGAAGUGCUUAGUGACAAAAGCUUUAAUUGGGAUUCAAUUAUGGAAAUGAAUCCUAACAUUGAAGAUCAUCAUUUUGGAAACUUUCAAGUUUAUGAUCAUUAUGUUAAUUAUGAAGAUGAUCUAAGUUUUCCCAAUUCCAUUUGGGAUUUUGAAGAAGACCUUUCCACAAGAAUCAUACAUUAGAAAAAAUGCCAACUUUAUUUCAUGAUUUUUUAAAUUUGAGUUUUUUUUGGAAAAGUUGUAUACUAUAGUAAAAAUAGAGAUGAUCGAUGGAAUAAAUGGGAUAGAGCCAUCUACAAGGAAAUAAGAGUUUUUUUUUUUU